AUGGACAGCAGGAAGCGCUCUGCCUCUAGGUCGCCCUCACGAUCACCACCGCGUCAGCGAAAGCGCCCUGGCGCAGGAGCGCGCCUCUCAGUCGCCGACCGCGAAGCCGCGCGCAAACGUCAACAGCAACGGGAGGAGGAAGCUGCGAGAAAUGCACAGAAAGAGGCCGCACAGCGAGGUGUUCAUGAUGUUGUCAAACAGCACUACAACAUGGUGCCCGAGCGUGGCCGUGAAUGGCGUCAAACAGAUAGCAAGAUCAAGGGGCUGCGCAGCUUUAACAACUGGGUCAAGUCGUCCAUCAUCCAGAAGUUCAUCGGCGACGAGCGCAAUCUGAGGAUACUAGACAUUGGCUGUGGCAAGGGAGGGGAUUUGGGCAAGUGGGAGAAGUCGCGCAAGGUCGAGUUGUAUGUGGGCUGCGACCCUGCCGAUGUCUCGAUCAAGCAGGCUAAGGAUCGAUACGCUGAAAUGAGGAAGAAGUCGAGGCGUAUAUUCCAUGCUGAAUUUUACGCCAAAGACUGUUUUGGAGAAUUCCUGGGCGACAUCCCCAUCAUCAAGGACGUCGGCAUCGACCCUGGCGUGGGACCAGGAAACGCUAUGAGCCAGCGGUGGGGAGGGGGUGGCUGGGACAUGGUCACGAUGAUGUUCUGCAUGCACUACGCGUUUGAGAGCGAGGCAAAGGCCAAGGGCAUGUUGCGUAAUGUAGCAGGAGCUCUAAAAAAAGGGGGAAGAUUCAUAGGCACCAUUCCCAACUCCGACAUCCUCACACAAAAGGUCAUCGAGCACCACAAGGCCAAGGGCACAGCGCCUCCGGAUGUGGCCGGUGGCGCAGACGACGAUGAUGACCGGCCGACAUUUGCAAGCGACGACGAAGACGACUGGGACCCUGAGAAGAGUCUGGAUAGCCCGAAACCCAACGAGAGUGAGCACGCGAAUGGCGAACAGAAUGGUGAACAUGCAGAGGCAUCCAAAGACAAAGGCAAAGAGCAGGACACAUCAAAAGAUGUCCAGGAAGCUGGUGAGGUCGAAGAUGAAGGCUUCUCAUGGGGCAACAGCAUCUAUCAAGUCAAGUUCCCUGGCAAGACACCUCCAGAUGGUACCUUUCGUCCUCCUUAUGGCUGGAAGUACUCGUACUUUCUCACCGAAGCCGUCGAAGCACCCGAAUACGUGGUUCCAUGGGAAGCAUUCCGUGCGUUGGCCGAGGACUACAAUCUCGAGCUCCAAUACCGCAAGCCGUUCAGAGAGGUCUGGGAGGAGCAAAAGGACGAUCCCGUCCUGGGGCCACUGAGUGAAGUUAUGAAGGUCAGGGACCGGAAUACAGGUCAGCUCCUCACUUCGGAGGAGGAGUUGGAAGCAGCAGAUUUCUACCAUGCAUUUUGUUUUUACAAGGUUUAG